CCAGCUGUGGAUCAGUGAAACUGCUACGAUGAGGGGAGUCCUCCGAUGGGCGCUCGUCCUUGCCUUUGUCCUGUGCCUGACCUUGACCUUCAGCGAGGCCCAGCGGCGUAAGCGGAGGGCCCGAGGUCACCGCAGGAUGAUGCAGGACAGACACCGCCGAGCUCACCCCGGGGAGAGGGCCGGCAGAGGGCGCAUGGGUCACUGGAGGAACCGCCUACGGGGGAUGUUUCCCAACGUUUGCGUGAGCGAGUCGGAGGACCACCACAACGACAGCCAGACACGACCAGAGAUGUUACGUCACUUCCUCACCACCUCCCAGACCUGUGACGCCUCUGAGACGGCCUACAAGUGCAAGUUUACACAGCACACGAGGGAGGGGCGGCGAGAGGUCACCGUAGUUCAUCAGUGUUGCCAUGGUUACAGUCGGCAGGAAGGAGAUAAUGGCUGCCCAAGAAGUCUCACAUAUGUAUUUGUGAACAUGCCCAAUGUGAUAUCCGUGUCCGAGGAUGCGGCAGAAAAAGCUGUGGAAGAUUUACAGGACGCCAUACUGGGUCACAUGGUGGCUGGCAGUGUGAGCAGCUCUCAGCUGGAGGAUGAGCAAGUCGUGGAGACUGGACAUCCAGAAGGGUCAACCAUCAGGAUUAACUACUUCAGUCAGCCUGAACAGGUCAAGGCAGUGCUACAAUACACUCUCACAUACAACAUUUUCCACAACACGCUCUGCUGCGCCGGCAUCUUCCGCGGCUCGUGGUUCGCGCGGCCCCAGGUGCGCGUGCUGAGCGGAGACAAACUCAAACUGUCACGUGACCGGAGCGGCCGGCCCAAGAUAGGCCACGCCCACGUGGUCACGUGUGACAAGACGGCGACCAAUGGGAACGUACUGGAGAUCGACUCCGUACUGUUGAGACCCACACCCAGGAACUGGCGGUUCAACCCCUUCGCCAGGCGCGAUGACUACUGGCCUUGAGCAAGGUCAAGGGUCACUCUAUAAUUAAAAUGUGAGGCAUCGUAGUGAAAUCAGGCGCUCGUCAAAAUAAUGGAAAAAAUUCAGCAAAUUUUUGGCUGAUUGGCAACCUUUUUUUCUAAUUUUCUGAGGGGUGGGGGUGUUGACAACACUUUUUAUGUCCAUUAUCAAACAAGUUUGAUGUGGAUUUUAUUGAAAAACAUUGAUUAAAGGCACAAAAAAUGUAAAUUUUCAGUUUCUAAGGACUCCCAGUCUUUGGAAGUUACCAAACUUUGGCGGCCAUUUUCUCACUAAUUUUACCUCUAAAACCAGGGGUCCUGACCUCCUUCAAUAGCAAAUUCUCCGACUUUUAUUCAACAUAGGUGGAUAUUUUUUUCACCGAAAGGAAGACAAAUGAACAGACUUUAAGAUGAUAUCAAUAACCCCAUAUUAUGUCCAAAACAUGACGAGCGCCUGAUUCCGCCACAUCGUGACACCAAUAUAAAUGCUCGAUAUUAUUAACAUGCUACAGAAUGAUCAUAUCAUUAUGUCUAAAAGGAAAUGGGUAAGUGUUUGUUAUCGAGAUUUAAAAUUGCUUUUUUGCGAGGGGA